CAAGGCUACCGCACAGCCUCUUGCUGCAUAUACCUAGACGAAGCUGCCGCCUGUGGAUCUCUCUUUCCUCCAGGAUACAAAGAAAACCCAUCUAUCUCUCCUUCACACAUGGACAUACACGUCUACAUCUGUCCACUCUAGCUCUCCAUACAAACCUUGCUUCUGGUCAAACACGUUCCCCCCUUCACCCAGACAGAGGAGCAGUGAAAGGGGAUCGCCGUGGUUGUUGGUGUUUGGCUCCUGCUCUUUGGCUCAGAGGGAGCAGAGUUGCAGAUUGGGAUGCGAAGACCAUUUCAGCCAGAACUGACUCUGCCACACAAUGGCUGCUAAAAACUGGUUGCUGCAAGAUACAGGAUUCAAAUUGAUCAUGUGAUCUGACUUCCUCGCCAGUUUGCUGCCAUCUCUCAUAGGGGGACCAUGACCCGCCGACUGAGUAGCUCCACUCGUUCGCACACUGAAGACUCCAUCUUUCUGAAGCCCGAUGAGGAUCCUGUCUGGCUAGAUGAGCCCACAAAAGCUGAGAAAAUAGGCGAUAGAGCCUCUAAGAAGGACGGGCUCCUCGACUGUAAUGAUGGAUCCACAGGGGGUCAAAGCACAAAGGCCGAGGAGGUUUUUAUAUAUAAGGUGUACACGCUCGUGGUUGAGAUCCACUGCUGGGCUGCACUGUUUAUCAUCUCCCAAGUCACGGGGUACUGGGUGUUUUUUGUGGUGGAAGGAAAUGGACCACUCUCUUCCAUCUACAAAGCCCUGCAGGUCAUUGACUUCUAUCUUGCUUUCAUCUUGCCGUGCCAGCCGAUUUUUGGAAUGGAUUCCAUGGUGUUGAUGAGGGAGGUGGCAAACACUAAACAGCACAGCUGGAUAGUCCAUGGAACUGCGGGCAUUGGUGUGGCCAUCUGUGUCGUCAUGGUCAUUCACAUGGUGUGUAAGUGGCGCUACGGCACUGGAUUGUGGUCAUCAGGAACAGUGUCACGAGACGUUCCCGACCGUCGUCAGUCUGUGAGCCGCCAGCCCUCGUUCACCCUGUCCGAGUGGACGGACGCUCAAGAGGAUCUGCUGGACCUGGACCCUGUGCCUCAGACCCCUGUAUUUGACAUGAGCACGGACUCUAGGAUGGAGGGAGAUGCCGCAACCCUCACCGUCACACCGGUGGGGCUUCAGGAAAGGAGAGGCUCCAACGUUUCUCUGACCUUGGACAUGUGCACACCAGGCUGCACGGAGCCCUACGGCUACGGGGCCCAGCUCUCUCCCAGAGACCAGUCGGCCCAGGAGUACCUUCGACAGGGCACACACAUCCUGACCCCUGCCAUGCUGCACAUAAGAGCCAUGGAUGACCAGAGCCUGCAGGCUGAGUUUUAUGAAACUCCCAUGAACUUUGUGGACCCUAAGGAGUACAAUUACCCAGGGCUGGUGAGAAAGAACCGUUACAAAACCAUUUUACCCAAUACACACAGCAGAGUCAUCUUGAAGUCACAGGAUGAAGAUGAUUUUCUCUCCACCUACAUGAAUGCUAAUUAUCUCAAAGGUUAUGGGGGUGAGGAGCAAGCAUACAUUGCCACCCAGGGUCCCACAGUCAACACCGUGGGGGACUUCUGGAGGAUGGUGUGGCAGGAGAGGAGCCCAAUCAUAGUGAUGAUCACCAACUUGGAGGAGAAAAACGAGAAAUGCGUGGAGUACUGGCCUGAGGACGCAGUGACCCACGAGGGCAUAGAGAUCACCGUUGCCUCGGUAACUCAAGAGGAUGACUACAGCCUUAGGGUGUUUACUCUGAAGAGUGGGGGAGAGGAGCGGAGCCUGCGGCAGUACUGGUACACCUCCUGGCCCGAUCAGAAGACCCCAGACAAGGCCCCACCCCUGCUGGAGCUGGUACAGGAAGUAGAGCGAGCCAGAGAGGAAGCACCGCCCUUCUGUGGCCCUAUAAUCGUCCACUGCAGUGCUGGAAUUGGUCGAACCGGUUGCUUCAUUGCCACCUCCAUCCUGUGCAAGCAGCUGAGGACUGAGGGUGUGGUUGACAUCCUGAGAACCACCUGCCAGCUCCGUCUGGACAGGGGUGGGAUGAUCCAGACCUGUGAGCAGUACCAGUUUGUGCAUCAUGUCCUCAGCCUGUAUGAGAAGCAGCUGUCUCACACUGCCGAGGAGUAGAUGGAGCGCUACAGCCACACCCAGACCGAGACACGCCACUGUACAACAUACCGCCUCAGGUGGUAUGCACCUCUGUACCUAGCAUCAUCUCAAUCUCACCCUUUAAGAACUUCAGACCACUCAAUCUCUUCAUCCACGGCAAACUUGUUCAGAUGGGACUGAGGUGUUGACAUGAAAUCUGAACUUACUGUACAUCUUUGAGCAGAAUAAACAUAGGAAGGUGGGACUUGAGGAGGGCCUCUAAAAAAUGUUUUAAAUAAAAACAUCAGACGCUGUAGUCCAGUCAUCCAAGCCUGCACUCAUAGCACCGCUUCAUUUGAACUGCUGAGAUCGCCACGGUGUUCGUGAGUUUCAGUCGUCGAGACCUCGUUUACUGUCGGUCUGAAAAAGCUCCCUCACACGAUGAUUGUACAGUUACCAAAAGGUUAAACAAGAACUGGAGCAUACGCAGAUUGCUUGUAGUGGCGUUUGCAUUGAGGAAAUGUAAGUUCAGUCUAAAAACAACCAUAGUGUUGAUAAUAAGGGCCCUUUAGAGUAUAAGUGCCAGCAUAAUUUAAAUCUACAGAGAUAAUCCAAUGCCAGCCUAAUAUGUAAACCUGUAUUGAUAUAAAAAGUCACAUGAAGUAGAAAUGAAAUGACAUUGAGCCUUUUUUUUCACUGACUCUUAUUUAAUGUAAAAAAAAGAUUAUAAUAAUAAUUUAAAAAAAUGACUUAAAAAAAACUUUAUAGAAGGCCUGAGUCACCUCAUCUUCAGGUUGCAUGGUGCUAAGUGUUUAUAAUGGCAUGUGCAAUGUUAUGGAACGUAGGAAUGUAAUAGUUAAGUUUUCAAUUGACUUUUUAGGAUUUCUGUGCAAUCUACAGUUUAACUGUGCUGCUCGUGCAGUCUUCGUGGCCCAUGGUGUUUGCAGAUAAUAUCUGCAUUAUAAGGAUUAAAAAUAAUUAAAGAAAUAGUUUAUUUUUACUGCGUUUAAGUGCAUACAGUGAGUGUCUGAAUUGCAGAACCAACUCAAAAACUCCCAAAUAAGACAACCAUGUCACUUGGUGUGGGAUGCUGAAGUCUGAAAGUAUGCUAUGAGCAGUUCAGAUUUGCAGGAUGCUGUGACAUCACAGACCUCAAUCAGGGUAAAAUGAUUCAGCUUCCCGGUCUGUAUCUCAGCCUAAGUCCUUAUCAUUCUGCACGUGCGUUAUUGUGCCUCUAAAGUGGGGAGUGCAAAGUUGUGACACCAGUUUCAAAAGAGGUACACCCCGGAAUUUGAGAUGCAAGCUCCACCCUCUAAAAGCCAGCUGUUGUGAACAGAGCCGUAAAGACAUGGUAGAAAAGGAUGCUUUUGUACUAUAACCAAGGGGUAAUUUGACUAUAACAUGUUACAGACAUUUCACUUACACUAAAGAAAACUGUGUCAGCUCUUUAAAAAAGGCCAGAAUAUUUCUCCUUUUAGGCUACAUAGAUGCUAACUCGGAGGUGUCACAGAGCCAGCAACACUGAGAGGGCUUUUGCCAGAAAUAGAAUCUAUCAUUGUACACAAUCAACAUCUCCAAUGUCAUACACAAAAGGGUGUUGAGCUGAAAAGGGAUUUAAAAAAACAAUCCCAGAUGAACUAAUCAGAUGAGGAAUUUCAGCUAUAAUUCUUAUAAAUGUUAGAAUUCUUUCAUAAAGUUUGUCACCCUUAUGCCCCAUUAUGCCUCUACAUUUAACAGUAGCUUGAACACAUCUGUGAAGUUUAAAGCCCAUGAUUGUUGUAUAGACAGGCAAAGCCGAAUCUGUAUGAAGCACAAUAGACCUACUAAGGUUGUCUCUCUGAUGUUCAGCUGUAAAAAAUCCUUUUUCUGUAUCGUGUUUUGAUUGUGUUGAGUUCAGUGGAUUGCAUGUGCCGUAUGGGACUCCAAAGGUCCACAAUCAAAGCGACAUGAUUGGUUGUCCUGCUUUCUUUUUUUUUUUUUCUUGUGUAAAAGGGUUUAAGCCUAUUAUUAUAUUGCUUGCUCUCAGCCAAUGCUUUUGAUACAGUUUGCUUUUGUGAAACCAACCAGAGAUAUUUUUAGAACAUUUUGAUACAAUCCUUUCGAGUAGAUGCCUUGUGUAUAUUUCCGUUUACACCAUGAUGGAAUGUAGCUCAUACUGUGGAUCAAACCAUUGGUUUACAUUGCAAGACUCAAUGGAAUAAAAUGUGACAACGACCUAAGUUACCUUACAGUACAGAAAAUUAAUAGAUUAUGUUCAGUCUUCAGUAUUAUUACUUUCACCCUUUAGGCUUUGCUUUAAUAUGCUUUGCUUUAUGUGUAUGUUUUUAUUGUUUCUUUGGAGAAUUUUACCUCAUACUGACUUUUUACGCAGUCCCUAUACCCAUGUGUGACUCCAGGCCACUGUCAGUUGACAACACAAUUGAGAAAUAGUUGUUGUAUGUAAGGCAGCUAAAACAGUGGAGAUACUUUUCUAUGUAACAAAAUCAAAUGACUUCUCUGGCCAUGAGCAUUAUCAAAGGAUGGAUUUGACGAUGUGAGUUUGGACCAAUUAGUAAAAUAACAACUGAAAAUGAAAAGGAAAACUGCCAAUUUACUUUGUACAGAAACACAGGACUAAGAUUUGGCAAGAAUUGCUACAAAGAAAAGCUGUUUUCCAGCUUCUGACAUGAUCCUCUGAUAAUGUCCUGUGUUCUUGACCAAACAGCUUUUAUUUUGAGUGCUGUCCUGGUCCUGUUCCGAUUGGGGAAGACAAAACAGGGAGACAGUAAGAAAUACAACAACCAGCAAUCAGUAUUCCUCUCCUCUGCUACAGUAUUGCUUUAAGUUGUGAGUUUUGUUUUUGCAUCCAAAUAAAAGUAGAUUUUCAUGAA